UCCAUAAAUCUUAUGUUCUUAUUGUCAAAAUUCUUUGUUCCUUUCUCUUUUUCUAACACACGUAUCAACACAUAGUACUAAUCUUAAGUAUCAAUAUUCUGUUCGCGUGUGGAUUCCCCUACUGGAAUAUAUCGUUUUUUACUCUCGUUCAGAACGCCUUGUCCUGGACCAUGUUAGAAACAGUUGUUCAGGUGCUGACAACUACGUCAUUCAUUAUAGUCCUAACCAGAUAUAAAAAGUAUAAUUUACCUCCCUCAUAACGGUGAAAUAAGAGUUUGGAAUACAAGAAGUGUAUAAAAUAUCAGUUGCUAACAAUAAAAAUAUUUUUGUGCAAUAUGAUGUGGUUUAAGUGUUAUGUUCAAUAGAGAUACAAAUACAUGAAGCAUAACCUGGAUAUUUACUUUAAAAAAAAUUGUUAAAACAAAGUAAUAUAUAUCUGAAAAUCACUUAUUUUUACGAGCUGACUCUUAAGAACGUCAUAUGCAGAGUAUGCGUACCUAGCUCAAGAUUUAUUAUGCCUAGCAGAGGGAAAGAGCAAAAAAGCGCAGCGGCAAAAGUAAACGUGUAGUUGCACGUUGAUAUAGAACAACGACUCCACUCUCUCUUUGCACCCGAAGCCUCGAGGGCUGACCGCAGGGACGGAUUUAUAUAAUACGCGGACACGCACCAGCCGGAGGGGCCACAACGAGAGGCCACCAAGGGGUUGUCGACGUUGCCUUCCAUUUGAAGCGCAAAAGUGCCGUGCAGUGACGCAGAGGCGCGCCAAGAUGUGAGGCGCACGAGUGCCGUACGAGGGGCUGCCCUCGCCCAUCAACUUCUUUUUCGCGCGCCUUCCAUACAGGAAAAAGGUAACGCGUUCCACCGGCUCGUGGCUUGAAUUUCAAGAGGUAUAUACACACGUCACGCGCGUACCGCGACCCGAUGCUCUGAAGUGCCACCGAGGAUAUAGGCAUUUCGUUCCAAAAGACGUGGUGCGUAGGUGACGUUUUCGUGAGGUGACACGGCAAUGAAGCACAUGCCUGUCGAGUACUGCGGCUUCACGGCGAUGGACCGCCGUUGCGCGGGACCCAUGAUGCCGUGGAUUAUCAGCGAGAUCAGGAAGAAGAACACACCGCAGACGGUGAAUUUGCUGGUGGCGUCGAACUACGUAACGGCGUACGGAGCUAACAAGGACCAGCCGCUGUUCAAGCACCCUCUGCGUAGCACCCUAAAGCCUCAGUCGGCGCCACCCGCAUCUCAAGACCGUAACAACGGCACCUUCCUCUACAUGAUCAAAGGGGACGAGGGCCUCUACUAUUAUCAUCUGUUCAGGGCUAAGGAUGCCGAGGCGGUACAAGAGCUAUUCGGUGCGAUGAAGGAGCAGUCGUCCUCGACGCGGAUCGAAAAGGAAAAGCCCGAGUUGCCGCAGCGCUCGUUGAGCAGCGCGGCCGCAUUGACGUCGAUCGGCGCCGACAUAUCGCCGAGCUCGUCGCACUUCUUCGAGGUGCUCUACGUUGGCAAGACCAAAGUCAGCCGUCCCGACGUGCCCGAGUCCUACAUCGACGAUGUCCUCAUCAGCAAGUUCCGCAGUAACGGGCUCGAAAAGUCCCGGUCGACCGCCGGCAAUUUGCUCAACGAGUGCCAUCAGCUCAAACAACAGGCCGGUGCCUCCGGUUUAUUCGCAAACGCCCGCAGAGACAGCAUGGACUCGAACACGAGUGAGGCCGGCAGCGUGGAGAACGUGGCGAGCAACGGCAACCUGAUGUCACCGAUGAGCCCACUGACGCCGACAACGAGCCUGAGCAAGUCGAUAGAAUCGGCACCAGUGACCCAACCCUCCCCAGCCCAGACAUCACCCACGGAGCCACCCAAAAAGUCAAACAGCAUCCCAUUGCCGGAGGUAGCCAUGAGGAAUCGGGCCGCGUCGACGGGCAGCGUCAUGAUGACCAGGCGGGACUCGGCGAAAGACAACGAGGACCUCAACCGGACCAUGCUCUUCCAGGUGGGGCGUUUGGACCUGAGGCUGAUUAGCCCGGACCGCAAGAAAAUCCUGCUGCACAAGCAACUGCGGGACGUCGCGAGCUGCGUCCGGGGUAUCCAGAAUCUCGAGCACUUUGGCUUCGUUUGCCGGGACAGCACGAGCGAGCGCUUCGUCUGUUUCAUCUUCAAGUGCCAAUCGGAGUCCGUUGCCGACGACCUCGUUGCAGCGAUAACUCAAGCGUUCGAGUCGUCGGCCAGUGGACAGCCGAAGAAGGAACGGCCGGUAUUCUCCUGCGAGCACUGCCCAAUGGUUUGGUACAGCAAACUGUGCCAGGAGAUCGAAGGGCAAAGCGACCGCAAGACUCAGAGCAUAAUAUUCUCGCGGCUGGAGCAGCUGCCGGAGGACGAGCAGGACGUCGUUGUGACAAAGUACCGCGGUGCGGAGGCUGCCAGUGGGACUGGUUCGGGCACCAGUUUGUCGGAGCAAAACCAAUUCCUCAUGAUGCUGCUGCGUGUGCACUGCGAAGCCAAGCAGUCACGGCAUGUUCACGACACUGCGGAGAACAGGAGCGAGUUUCUGAACCAGUACCUAAGCGUCGGAGUGGGCAGUACGAUAUUUAUGAAAGCAAAGCGCUCACUGACCAAUAGCUUCGACCAUCUCAUGAAACGAAAAGGCUCCAAAGACGAUUUUGGCCUUGGCUCCCAGAACCAAUUGAACAAAGCUGGCUUGCAAAGUCCAGUUGGCGGUUCAGGUAUGCUGCCCAUUACCGAUACAUCACCCGAGUCCAGCAGACCACGAUCGCUUCGCGUUUCUCCGGAACAACAGAUCAACGCAACUAUCAUGGCUAGUCCUAAAAGUCCUAUGAUGGAUAUAUUCUUGAAAGUUGGAAAUUCGCCAAAAAUGUCUCCCACCGAGGGUGAAGGUAGCAAGGACAAACAGCAUCAGCAAAGCGGUUCGUGGAGACAGGCGAUAUUAAACCGCGUUGUCACGCCUGGAAAAGAUCAAGAAAACAAGAGCGAUGUGAAAAAUGUCAAUUUAAGCAAUAUCAAUAUCGCACAGUUGAUGCCAGCAAAGAAGAGGAGUAAGGAAGAGUUGCGCGAGUUGUGGAAAAAAGCAAUAAAUCAGCAAUUGAUUCUCAUCAGGAUGGAGAAGGAAAAUGCUAGGCUUCGAGUUCGACAAGAGGAAGCUACAGUCAAGAGAAUAAAAUUGGAAUACGACGAGCUGAGCAGUUGUAAUCGACAGCUCGUAGAGGUCUGGGACUUGCUGGUCAGCAAGGAGUCGCGAAUCUCAACCAAAUGUGAUAACCAAAUGCUUCUUCAAGCCAUAAAGCAAGGUGUACCGCGAGGCAAGCGCGGUGAAGUAUGGCAGUUUUUGGCCGAGCAGUUCUGCAUGAAACAACCACCUCUGGACACGCAUGACUUCCCAAACUAUAAUACUCCGUACGAGCUACUGUUGAAACAACUGACGUCACAACAGCACGCCAUUCUCAUAGAUCUCGGGCGUACUUUCCCGAAUCACCCGUAUUUCAGCUCGCCCCUGGGACCUGGACAAUUGGCCCUCUUCAACUUACUCAAGGCCUACUCUCUGCUCGACCAUGAAGUGGGAUACUGCCAGGGCCUCAGUUUCGUCGCUGGAGUUCUUCUGUUGCACAUGUCCGAGGAUCAGGCUUUCUUCCUACUCCGGCACCUCAUGUUCCGACGUGGCCUGCGAAAACUCUACCUACCGGACAUGGCAGCUUUACAACUUCAUCUCUACCAAUUGUCGAGAUUGCUUCACGAUAGGCUUCCAGCUAUUUAUAAUCACUUUGACAAGCACGAGGUCUCGCCUACGUUGUACGCGGCUCCGUGGCUUUUGACUCUGUUUGCCAGCCAAUUUCCGCUUGGAUUCGUUACCAGGGUUUUUGAUUUACUGUUCCUUGAAUCUUCGGAAGUAAUUUUCCGUGUUGCUCUUGCCCUGCUAGAAGAACACCAAGACCCGUUAAUGAAAUGCGAUAGUUUCGAGGAAAUUAUGGAAUAUCUAAAGACAAAGGUACCAGCAGUAGACAAAGUAACUUUGGAUAGAGUUAUGAAGCGAGUAUUCUAUCCUGACAUGGAAAUGGCCAAACAGCUUAACGAGUACCGCGUUGAGUACCAAGUCCUCCAAGAAGAAAUGAUUUCCGUGAAACCACAGAUUGAAAACAUGGAAAAACUGGAACUGUUGAACAAACAGUUGGUGUCACAAAAUACUCAUCUCAACGAACAGUUAGAGAUCGCAAUGGCAAAUUUGGAACGUCUGGAGACAACGCGUACGCACCACCAGGCCAACCUUCAUCGUCUCGAGUCCCAGAACCGAAGUCUCGAAGUAACAAUAUCGACAAUGGGCUCGUUUAUCCAACAACUGAUAGACUCCAAAACGGACAUAGAAAUUCCGGGUGAUGUUCGCCGAAUCGUUGCUCAACUAUCCUCAGUCGAAAAACGUCGCAGCAAUAGCAAUCUACGUUCCUUACCCGGUCGCGUGAUCGAGGACAACAACAACAAGUACGACAUGAAAAAGAGCAACAGUGCCGGUAAAGACUCGCGGCUCAUCAAGACCAACAGCAUGAUGGAGCCACCUUAUCCCCUCAAAUCGGCCCUCAGCCAGCCAAACCUUGGCUCUAAGCUCGAGAAGGUAUCGUCCUUCUUCGCGAACUCGCACAACCACAUCAAGCAGCAACGCGCCCAAAUGGCAGCGAUACGGAGCGACGCUGGAAGCAACGAGACGGUCAACUCGUCCAACUCGCUCAAUGGAAAUGACGAGAACGAUUCCAAAACCUCGAACAUUGACAUACAAAUUACAGAUAACAGUGUCAAUAGUGGCUCGGACAAUCAUAUAGCCCAGAAUGGCAGUAGUUUGAAGAUCGACACUAUAGCUGCUUUGGAGAAAUCGGUUUCUUUGCCGCGAAACACGAGAAUGCCCCUCAAGUCUUCUAAAUCGGCUUACGAACUUGGGAGCGUGAUGAAAAUCCCCACGACAAAGCUCGAGGACACAAACUCGGAUUCGUUGACAAAUCUGUCGGGCACGAUGCACCCGUUGGACACGUGUAGCGACGUGAAUUUCAAGUACGGUGGCACGACGAAGCUCAAAUCCAUCAAGCCCAUACGCGCCGGAGUGGGCCAGACGGGCGCCCACGACAACAACAACAAAGAAAUCCAACAGAAUCCACAGAUACUUAGUAGAUAGCAGAUGCUUUUGUUGAACGUUAUCAAGAGCAAUCUGUCGUAAAUUGUCGGCGUGAACGAAGGAUAGUAAGUUAACGAACGAACCUCGUCAAUUAUUAUUAUCAUCGUCACCAGCAAUUAUCCACGUCCGUAUUAUAAAUAAUAAUAAUCAUAAUGAUAAUAAUAAUUAUAAAAUUAUACACUUUACCGUAUUCUAUUGCCAAAUAUCAAUUGCCGAUCGUUCGGUAACAAUUACCGAUACGGUUUCUCCAUUACCUAUUUGUUUGCCACCGUGUGCUGUACAUUAAAUUUCCAAAAUUUACUUAAAUGACGAGUGUGAGAAUCAAAUGUAAGUAGCGGAGCGUAGUAGAGCAUCGUUGAGAGAAAAAAAAAGAAAAAAAAAAAAAAAAGAAAAAAAAA